UUAACAAUCAGCAUAUUCUAUCAUUUAGGGCAUUAUUCUUUUAGGGCUCCACAGGGAAUGGAGAAGGCUGCCCUGUUCGUGGUCUACUGCGGCGCGGGCUACAAGGGAAUGCAGCGCAAUCCUGGCGCCUUGACGAUCGAGGGAGUGUUAGAGGAGGCCCUGGGGCGAGCUGGGGCGAUCGGAUCAAAUGGGUGCUCCAGGAACUGGCUGGAUUGGAAGCGCGCCGCAAGAACUGACAAGGAAGUGAGCGCCCUAGGGCAAGUUGUGUCGGCCAGGCUCUACCUCACCCCCGAUCUCGUCCAUCGCACCAACGAGUUCCUCCCAGGAUCCAUCCAGCUGCUGGGAUUCAAGCGCGUCCCGGACGAUUUCAGCGCCAAGAAGAUGUGCGAUUCGCGGCGCUACGAGUAUGUGCUUCCAGUCUUUGCGUUUGAUCCGCGGACUGGGGAUGAUCUGGAGGAGGAAUUCUUGUUUGAUUUCGAGCGAUUCAACCAGAUCUUGGGACGAUUCCUGGGGACCGAUCACAGUUUCCACAAUUUCUCGUGGCGCGUCCGGCCGGGCGACCGCGAGGCGCGGCGGACAGUGGUGGAAUUUCGAGCGGCGGACAAGAUCUGGAUUGGAGGGAGCGAGUUUGUGAGGAUCAUCGUGCUUGCCCGGAGCUUCAUGGCAUACCAGAUCAGGAAGAUGGUGGGAUUGGCAGUGGCGGUGAUGCGAGACAUCGCUCCAGUCACGACGAUCAAUCGGGCGCUAAGGAGCGAAGUGGAUGUGAUCGUCCCCACUGCUCCGGAGGUGGGGCUUUUGCUGGACGAAUCCUUCUACCACGACUACAACGCAGCGGCGUCCACGCCCGAGGAAUCGAGGAUCGCUCUGGGGCUGGAAUUUGGGGAGGCGAUGCAGGAAUUCAAGAGCAAGGUGAUCUACGCGCACAUUGCUCAUCGCGAGCGCGAGCAGGGCAUCGUUGCCAAAUGGUUACCCUCUCUCAAUGCCAAAAACUACUCGGCUCUGAGCAUAUGCUAGGAAUUUCGUGUGUAUUUUUCCGCCCAUUUCAAAACAAUUAGGGCUAGGUUGGCGGGGGAA